CGCUUCCCUGCGCUCCGGCCCGCGAGCGCAGGACGUUGACCGCACAAAGAUCCAGCCCCCUGCCCGUGCUGCAAGGCCAUCCUCAACGUGCCGCACGACCUCGCCGGCUUCCGCUGCCCGCACUGCAACGUCGACAUCCCCAAGAUCCAGCAUUCCCUUGCCCCUGCCACCCCUGGAUUCGUCCCUCCACCUCCGCCGGCGCCUCCAGUUCAGAUGCCGCACAUGCCGUUCCUGCCGAUGGCCCCGCCGUCCGAACCACCUGAGGAUAUCAAUGAGAUGUUUCUGCAGCUAUCCCUUGGUCUUCCUCAUCCGGAUCCAGCGGUAGAGACUCCAUCUUUGUCAGUGGUGCAACCUCGUGAACCUACUUACAGUUUGACGAUUAUGGAUGAAUUUACAAAGGCAUUGUGUCGCUCACAAAUUGGAGCAACAGUGUAUGCUUGUCAGACGGGAUCCAAACCACCCCUGCCAUUUCAGUAUUUGAAAGACAUCACAAGCAACUUUAGUAAUGAUCGAAUACUUGGCAAAGGUGGUUUUGGUGUGGUAUAUAAGGGUCUGCUGGAAAAUGGGGAAAUAAUUGCAGUGAAGAAACUUUUACAUACAUUGCCGGACUCAGAGACACAAUUUGAGAACGAGGUUAAUCUUCUAAUGAAACUAGACCACCAAAAUAUUGUGCGACUACUAGGCUACUGCUAUGAAACACGUCGUGUACAUACGCCUCAUGAAGGAGAUUUCGUUUUUGUUUGGAACACUGAAAGUUUGCUUUGCUUGGAAUGUUUGCCUAAAGGAAGUCUUAACAGUUACAUUUCAGAUGCAUCUUCUGGACUUGAUUGGCACACACGCUGCAAAAUAAUUGAGGGGAUUUCCUUUGGUCUACAGUACCUUCACGAGCACCCUAAUGUGCCCAUUAUUCACCUGGACCUAAAACCUGCGAACAUAUUGCUUGAUGGAAAUAUGGUGCCGAAAAUUACAGACUUUGGUCUGUCAAGAUUGUUUGAUCAAAGUCGAACUAUGCAUACCAAAAAUAACAUUGGGACAAGAGGUUACAUGCCACCAGAGUAUGUUGACAGAGGUAUAAUCACACCUAUGUCAGACAUAUUCAGUUUGGGUGUAAUAAUCAUGGAGGUAAUAACAGGACACAGGGACUACCCAUAUGAUAUUAAAAAAAGUUCGGAGGACUUCAUCGAGCGUGAACUUUUAAAAUGGAGAAAUAGGCUGCAAGAAGAACCAGAGUGUACAUCGCUAGAAACAGAUUGCCAACAAAUACAAAGAUGCCUUCAGAUAGGUCUAAUCUGUGUGAAUCCUGAGCGGAUCAAAAGGCCUACAAUGAAUAAAGUUGUCGAUAUGCUUCAAGGGUUGGAAAGUAUGAACUGGUACAUUAGCAACGAAUUAACAUUGCCUAAAGACCAUGUUUGAUAACGUCAGGAUAUUGCAUAGCAUAUAAUGUACUCAAUAUCUUCUGUUUCCUUCUCUAGGGAAUACAAAGCAAAUACAUUUCAUUAUUUGUACCUAGAAAGUGAAUGAUGCUAGAACGUCUUGCAAAUACAGGUUUAAACUGAAAGUAGUACCUAGUUGCUAGAACUAAGCUAUGUGCAUAAAGCCCAUUCCAUUCUCUACUGUAACUGGGGUGCUCAGUAUAGAGUGUUCCUAGUCUGCAUCUGACCUUUUGAAUAUAAAGCUAGGGCGUUUGGCCGGAACUCGUUAGCAAAGAGGUUUAAGGUGAUUUUGUGGUAUUCACCUAUUUUUGUGAUGAGAAAUAAUAUUGAA